CUUUGGUGCUGGAGUUGUUUACUAAAGACGAAGCAAAAGAUAAAAUUUCAAUAGGUGCUUAUUUAACAAACCAGUAGCAGUAACACCAAAUUUGGAGCUGUAGAAAAUUCACAGUAUCUGUUGAAUUUAACAGGGAAAAAUGCGGAUAAGAACUUAGCCAAUACAAUAAGAAUGUCCAUGACACCUGUCAUUCUGGUAAUUGUCGUCUGCUUGACAUUUUCUGUAGCAGCCCAGGAAUGUCACAUGAACGAGAAGGAAUGUGUAUACCAUUUUGAAGUAGAUUCUAGACUGACGAUGAUGCAUAAAAAGACACUGGUUUUCCCUGAAAAUGGCAACCUCUACAAAUAUGAUGUUACAAAUACAUCGGCUGCGGAUCCUAUGGCAACUGAUGACAUCAUAUCAGCAGAUGGAUGGGAAGAACCAAGACUUGUCACUGUUGUAAAUGGUAAAUUUCCUGGACCCAGUAUUGUAGUAUAUGAGGGACAAACUGUCAUUGUGCACGUGAAAAACAUGCUCCGAAGCCAUGCAGUAACAAUUCAUUGGCAUGGAUUGCAUCAGCCUGAUACACCGUGGAUGGAUGGUGUACCAUACGUUACUCAAUGCCCAAUACAGCCGCAUCAAACAUUUGUGUACCGUUUUAAAGCCAAGCCGAGGGGAACGUUUUGGUGGCACUCCCACAUGGGCGCUCAAAGGUCAAUGGGGGUUGCUGGUGCUUUCAUUAUAAAAGAUAGACACGAAACAACGGUAGAAGACCGUAUCAUGGAAAUUCAAGACUGGAACCAUGACUGGGAUUCUGACACUGGACAUAUGAAAAUGUUAUACGGCGUUUACGACGGAAGAAAAAAAUGGGGUGGAGCACAGUCUCUAGAUGGAAGCUUCUUUAGUUUAUUCAAAGUUCAGUCAGGCCUCAUCAACGGAAAAGGAAGAUACUACAACCCUGAAACUGGAAAACACAAUCAAGCGCCACUUACUGUUUAUCACGUGACUAAGGGAAAUAAAUACAGAUUCAGAGUCAUUGGUACUGGAGCUUUGUACCCGUUCCGAAUAUCUGUCGAUAAUCAUGUAAUGACCGUGAUCGCAUCGGAUGGAUAUGAUUUAGAGCCAGUUAUCGCGGAGUCAUUUGUGAUUAAUCCCGGUGAAAGAUUUGACUUCGAAAUAACAGCAGAUCAAGCGGUUGGUAAUUACUGGGUAAGAGGAGUUACUCUAGAAAAGGGAAAUCCUCAUGUUGCAGAAGCUAUUUUAAGAUAUUCUGGGGCAUCUUCUGAAGAACCAUCCACUUCUAGACAAAACUGUACAUCUAAUAGUCCGUGUCUAGUUUUGAACUGUCCUUUUACUUACUAUCCUGAAUCAAAUAUAUUUUGUAAAACUUUCGAUGAGCUAAGAGCAAAAGCAACAGAUGAUCCUGCUCCUGAGUACAUGCGAAACAAAUUCAAAGAAUAUUUUCUUAACUUUGCAUUUCCGGGCAUCACAUCUUAUCCAGGCUCAGUAAAUGGAAAAACAUUCGACACGCCAGACGUGAACCCUCUUACACAACCAAAGGAAUGGUAUUCCCCGUGUAAAUCGCCAGAGUGCGGCGAUGACAGACAUUGUAAAUGCACUCAUGCUCUCCAAAUCGGAAAUGGCGAUACGGUGCAGAUGGUUUUUAUGAAUAUGGGAAUUGGUAAAGGAUGGUCCCAUCCGAUUCAUAUGCAUGGACAUUCGUUUUAUGUGGUGAAAAUGGGAUACGGUCAGUACGACGAAGCUACCGGAAAGAUUGGUGCAGACAAUAUUGAUGUUGAUUGCAGGGGUGAUCCUGACCGCACCAAAUCUUUCUGUAACGAUGCGACAUGGAGUAAUCAAACUUGGCUCAAUGGGAAUGUUCCAGGUUUAGAAUUAGAUCGCCCGCCGCGCAAGGAUACAAUCAUUGUCCCAACAGGUGGAUACGUUGUAGUGAGAAUACGAGCAAAUAAUCCAGGAAUGUGGAACAUGCACUGUCAUAUAGAGCUUCACAAUCUGGACGGCAUGCAGAUGUUGCUUAAUGAAUCAUUCAAUGACGUCAAACCACCACCUCCGGGAUUCCCAAAAUGUCAUUCAUAUCCACCGAGUGACUACAGAUUGCAAGAUGAAGAGGAUGAUAUGGAUAACCAAGAACUAACAGGAACAGAUAUGGAUGGUGGUUACAUGACAGAGAUGCGCUAUAAUGUACUGUUGGGUCUGCUGAUUGCUGUGGUUUCCUUGCAAGUCUUGCUUGGAAUGUGUGUCUGCUGUGUCUUCAAGUCUGAAAAGGAAUCAUCAUCAUCCAAAUACAACCAGGGACACUCUAAUACUGGUUUUGAUGCAAAACUCUAAAAAUAAUGAAGAAGAUCAUUAAUAUUCUAUAAGAUAACGCACUGACUGAUAUGCCACUAGUAGCGUUUAUGCUCAUUAUCACAGAACUUAUUAGAACAUUUGAAAUGGGCUGAUACCAAAAGUCUUAUAUAAUCGGAAAUUAAAUUUAGUGUAGUCUCGUAACACAUGUUUGCUUUCUAACAAGACUUACUAAUUACUUCAUGUAAAACUAAGGUAUUUCCUAUAGUUAUCAUUCAUUCCUAAUGAGAAUUAUAUUCUUGUUUUUACCUGCACAUUCUCUUUAUGAAAGUCCCAGUGAUAUUGUCUUUCAUAUAUUUUUAAAGGCACUUACCUCCAGAUUGUACGACAACAAAAAAGUAUUUUAGAUACCAGGAAAUUAUUGCUAUAUUUCUUAAAAUGGCUUUGAAACUUAAUUACCGACUGAUUAUAUGUUAAGGAAACAUAUUAGAGUUAAUUGUUUUUAAUAUGUUUUUCCAUUCAAAAUAGAAAAGCAUUUGUAACGGGGUACCGAAUGUAAACUGCCUUUAUUAUAAAGCUUUAUAUUUAGCAGUCGUUAAGUACGAAUUCCUCAGUGGUGUAUUGCUCAAGAAGGUAGGAAAGUUCUUAUUGCCGAGGCGGCCCGGUUCGACUCGGGUAUGUUUUUUUCUUGAUUUCGAAUUUUUUAAGUUAGUUUAGAAACAAAAUCUCGUGUUCUAAUGUUCAUAAUAUGACCUAACUUCAAUUUUAAAGAAAGAUCAUUUUAGCCAAAAUCCGGAAUCCAGUCCCUUUAAAUUAACAAACUUUUUUAUAAGCCAGCCAAACCGUUAGGAAAGACGGAUUAGCAUUGUAUAAGAGGAGGUAUACAUUUGUGUAUAAAGUGUUUAUAAUAAAUCGUAAUAGAACGUC